AUGAACGAUAUCUUAACCGGCGCCUCUACCUUGGAGGAGGCGUGCGAGCUGCAACGGCAGCUGACUGGAUUGUGCAUGGCGGGCGGCUUUCCCCUACGCAAGUGGUCGGCAAACGAUGCAGCUAUCUUAGCUGACGUUCCUGCGGAGCACCGGAUGCAGCGGGACCUUCGGGAUUGGCGACCACACGAAACGCAAGGGACUCUGGGUCUGCGGUGGCAUCCAGCCACUGAUGAGUUCUCCUUCGCCGUUCCGGAGGCCACGUUGACUGACGUCACCAAGAGAUCGGUGCUCUCAUUUACCACACGCCUCUUUGAUCCCCUCGGUUGGCUGGAUCCUGUGGUGGUGAGAGCAAAAAUCGCCUUUCAGGCUACCUGGCUGCUGGGAUUAGCGUGGGACGACCCGCUGGACGAAGCUGCCGCUCGACAGUGGCAUGCCUACGCGGAGGAGCUUCCUCGGCUCGAAUAUAUCCGAGUUCCUCGCUGGUUGGACGUCGCAUGGCCGGCCAAUGCUGCGGAAAUCCAUGGCUUUGCCGACGCUUCUGAGCGUGCCUACGCGGCGGUGCUAUACAUAAGGACCAGCGUCGGCGACUCUUGGCGGACGAAUCUGGUGGCGGCCAAGACCAAGGUCGCUCCUCUGAAAACGGUUUCGCUGCCUCGGUUGGAGCUGUGCGCCGCCGCUCUCCUGGCUAAGCUCACCUCUCAUGUUUGUUCCGCGCUCAGCCUGGAUCGGCUUCGGAUCCACCUGUGGUCGGACUCCACGGUUGCCUUGGGAUGGAUACGCGGUCACCCGACCAGAUGGAAGACCUUCGUAGCCAACCGCGUGGCCGAUAUUCAAACCAGGGUCCCGGACGCUCUGUGGCACCACGUGCCUGGGCUCGAGACUGCGCCUCUCGUGGUUUGUCCCCCCGAGAGCUAG